GAUAAUUUCUGGCAAACCUUCAUUUCUCUCUGUUCUUGAUUUCUAACUUCAUUAAUUUAUCCAACUUUUAUACUCUAACUGAUUUCACCCCAGAAUAUGCUUGAAACUUCGGUGUUCUAUUCUUUACAUAAUGGAAAACAUGUCUCUACUCCCGCUAUCCUCGAAGUUAUUUCCAGAAUCAAUCAUAGUCAUCGGAAACAAGACACUGGUUUGCCACAAUCCUCAGAAGAUUUCAUCCUAUGGUUUCAUGACACAACAGAAUCCUAUGCAUUAUGCUACACCACUUCUAUUGAUACAACUUUCACUUGUUUCCAUAAUCUCCAUGCUCAUUGAUUUCUUACUCAGGCCCCUCGGCCAAUGCUCGAUGGUUUCGCAAAUUUUUGGCGGUAUAAUGUUUGGCCCUUCAGGUUUAGGACAUGAUAUGUUGAUAGGACCAGUUUUGUUUCCUCCCAGAGGAAGGAACAUAUUCGAAACAUUCGCGACUUUUGGAAUCAUGUUCUUCUUCUUCACAGUAGGGGUCAAGAUGGAUCCCAGGAUGAUGAUCAGGCCUGGAAGGAAGUCGGCGGUUAUAGGCCUCUCUGCACUGUUUACAACCAUGGCAUUUGCUCAUUUUUUAACUUAUGUCCUUCAUUAUUUUGUUACCUUAAGCCCUGAAAUGGCGAAAUAUCUGUUUAUAAUAGCGACAGCCCAAAGCAUAACGUCCUUUCAAAAUGUCUCCGGUGUCCUGGGUGAGCUCAAGAUGCUUCAAUCUGACUUGGGCCGCCUCGCAGUCUCAACUGCCAUGUUUUGUGAUCUGAUUUUCUUGACGGGAACAGGUUGCGCAGUGUUGCAAACAGCGAGCCACGACAUGGCUAUUUCAGUUGUAGCAGCCAUGGUUUUCGCCUUGUUUAUACUUGUCGCAGUAUUCAUUAUCAGGCCGCUGAUUUUAAGAAGCGCGAGGCGGAUACCUGAGGGUAAACCAGUGCCAGAAUCCUGCAUUUCUGCCAUUUUCACUACUGUUCUCGUGGUCGGGUUUGUGAGUGAGAUGAUUGGGCAGAACUUUGUUUUCGGACCAAUGAUAUUAGGGCUGGUAGUUCCUGAAGGUCCUCCUAUUGGAGCUGCUAUAACUGAUAAGCUUGAUAUUCCAGUUGGCAAAGUCCUCUACCCAUCAUUUCUUACCGCAAGCGGACUUAAAACAGACAUGUUCGCCAUUCAAUUCGAAUCUUUUUGUACAAUAGGAUUGGUUGUUCUCCUUUCUUGUACAGUCAAGAUCUCGGCCAUCAUGUUGCCUGCUAUAUACAUGGGCAUGACCACUCGAGAAUCGCUUGUGCUUGGGAUGAUGUUGACCUCCAAAGGGAUCGCUGAUCUUGUCCUGUAUAACUUACUGUUGGAUUCACAGGUUCUGAAUGGGGAAGCAUUUGCUCUUUGUGUUAUGUCAGUGCUCGUAGUUACAGCAAUUCUGACACCACUCAUCAAACUGCUAUACGACCCGACUCAACACGGUGUUGCGCUCGCAAGGAGGACUAUUCAGCACAGCAAAACGGAUGCUGAGAUGAGGAUGUUAGUCUGCAUCCAUGACCAAGAAAAUGUGCCUGAAUUUUUGAACCUGCUUGUGGCAUCCAACGCAACUGACGAAACCCCCAUCGCAGUCAUUGCACUCUUGUUGAUAGAACUCGUGGGCAGGGCUAACCCGAUGCUAAUCGCGCAUCAACCUCAUCGGAUGCUGCAGCCAAAUUCCUCGAGAUCAGGCCGGGUAAUCAAUGCCCUGAGACAAUAUGAACUUCAUAAUGAGACCUGUGUCACAAUGCAGUCCUACAGUUCCUUGUCGCCUUUCGAUACAAUGCACGAAGACAUUUUCCGCGUUGCAAUUGACAAAAACACGGUGGUUAUCAUUCUACCAUUUCACAAGAGAUGGGAAAUUGAUGGAUCCAUAGGAUCAGUGAACAGGGCAAUCCAGGGAAUGAACUCCAAGGUCAUGGAAAAUGCUCCAUGCUCAGUUGCAAUUUUGGUGGACAGAGGACUUCUACGUGCCUCGGCAUCCAUGUUAAACAGCCAAACUAAAUAUCACGUUGGUUUGGUCUUCAUUGGUGGCGUGGACGACGCUGAGGCGCUUUCUUACGCCGCGAGAAUGGCCAGACGCCCGAAUAUCAGCCUCACAAUCUACCAUUUCCUGCUGUUCGGGAGUCAGAAUACGCGCGAAAGGAAGCUGGAUAACAACCUGAUGGAGGAAGUUCGACAUGGAAACGUGGGAAACGAGCGUUUCGUGUACCAGGAGGAGAUCAUCAAAGAUUGUGUAGGAUUAGCAGCAUCAAUUAGGAGUUUAGGGUCCUAUAAAUAUGAUUUGAUUUUAGUAGGAAAAAGUCAUGAAGAUUAUCCUCUCCUGGUAGGCUUUGGUGCUUGGGUAGAUUGUCCAGAACUCGGUAUAGUGGGAGACAUUCUUUCCGGGCCUGAUGCAGAGUGCAGUUCAUCAGUGUUAGUAGUUCAACAACAAAGAUUUAAAGGGAAGAUCAUCAAGAGAAGUACUGCACAAGUAGUUCCUUCCCUCCAUGAUGCCUGAUAGAAUGAUGAUAAUAUAUGGCAUUGUAGAUAAAAGUCUGUUAAAAGUCCUUAAAGAGUUGUACUCAUAUCCUGGAUAUGUUUGAUGUUAAUGGAAUUUCCAG